AUGGAAACCUUUCGACAGUCAGCUGAUUCCAAUGAUCAUUGUGAAUCUGACAAUAAUAAUACAGAUAUGUCCAAGAAUUUAAGGCUUGGAAUUAUUGGAGCAGUAAUAGGUCUCCUCUUUCUUGGAGGCUUCUUGUUUUUUGUGUGGAAGAGUGGGCAUAAGGGGUACAGACGUGAUGUCUUUGUCGAUGUUUCAGGUGAAGAUGACCGACGAAUUGAAUUUGGUCAAUUGAAAAGAUUCGCAUGGAGAGAGCUUCAAUUGGCUACAGACGACUUCAGUGAGAAAAAUGUUCAUGGACAAGUUGGCUUUGGAAAAGUAUACAAAGGGGUGCUAGCCGAUAAUACAAAGAUUGCUGUGAAGCGGUUGACUGAUUGUGCAAGUCCGGGGGGAGAGGCAGCUUUUCUAUGUGAAGUUGAGAUGAUAAAUGUCGUUGUUCACAGGUAUCUUUUACGGCUUAUUGGGUUCUGUACAACACUAUCAGAAAGGCUUUUAGUUUAUCCAUUUAUGCAGAACCUAAGUGUUGCCUAUCGCUUACGAGGUAUAGGUUCUCUGCUAGUUGUUUGA